AUGGGCACGAGGUCCUCACCCCCAGGCCCCUGUGAUCACAUCACUCUUCCCGCAUCCACAGACAAAACCACCCUCGCCCUGCUGUAUGACGAAGGCUCCGACAACACCUACGACGUCAGGCUAAGGCUGACGACAGAGGCGCUGACCGUCCAGCUGCAGGAUGUCGUGUGUGUGGGGGGAGCCCACCCAGGUGCCACUCACAGAACUGUUACACUCUGCCGACAGCCCGUGGGUGGCCUGGGCCUCAGCAUAAAGGGAGGUGCCGAGCACAGAGUUCCUGUUGUCAUUUCAAAAAUAUUCAAAGACCAAGCAGCCGACCGCUCAGGGAUGCUGUUCGUGGGAGACGCUGUUCUACAGGUCAACGGCAUUCAUGUGGAGCAUGCGACCCACGGAGAGGUGGUGCAUCUCCUGAGGAACGCAGGGGCCGAGGUCACCAUCACCGUGGCGUAUCUCAGGGAGGCGCCAUCAUUCCUGAAGCUCCCACUAGGGUCCCCCAGGCCGUCCAGCAGCCCCAGCAGCAGGGCGUCCUCGCCCCUGUUUGACAGCAGCCUGCACCUGAAUGGACACUGCAGCCACAAGGCACUGUCCUCACCCUCGGCAGAUGACCCAAAGUACGAGAAGCGCUGGCUGGACACCCUGUCCAUCCCUCUGUCCAUGGCUCGGAUCUCCAGGUACAAAGCCGGCACGGGAAGCCUCAGGUCCAACGCUUUUGAGGUGCUGUCGCUGGACGGGGCGCGCUCAGGAGUCCUCCAGUUCCCCACUGCCCGGGACUGCGGCGAGUGGCUGUGCGCCGUCUCGGCCAACAUCGGCCGCCUCAUGCUGCAGAGUAUGAAGAUGGCAAAUAAAUGCUGCUCUCCUGGCAACCAGGUGGUGCACAUGGGGUGGGUGUACGAGAGGCUGCAGGGAGCUGACUCCCCCCAGACCUUUGCAUCAAAGUUCCUGGCACUGAAGGGCUCGUCCGUCUACAUCCUCUGCUCUCCUCCGGUGAGCACGGCAGACUGGGUGCGGGCAGAGAGCGUCCAUAACCUCUGUGAGGUGCGAUUUAAAGCUCACAAGCUCUGGGUGAUGGAUAGCGGCUACUGGCUGCCAGCCAACCUCUGCCUCGGGCUGCAGGACUUGGACUUGGAGGACCAGAGACCAUACUGCUUCAGCCUCCUGGCCGGCCAGGGGAAGAGCCAUGUCUUCACCGUGGCACUGGGCACGGAGCUGGCAGUGUGGGAGAAGGCGUUCCAGAGAGCAACGUUCUUGGAGGUGCAGAGGACUGGGUCAAAAACAUACAUGUGCAGCUGGCAAGGAGAGGUGCUGUGUUUCACCGUGGACUUUGCUUUGGGGUUCACCUGCUUCGACAACAGGACGAAGAAUGUGCUCUGGAGAUUUAAAUUCUCCCAGCUGAAGGGGUCUUCGGAUGACGGAAACACUCGAGUAAAGCUACUAUUUCAGAACCCAGACACCAAACAAAUUGAGACAAAGGAGCUCGAGUUCCAGGACCUGCCGGCCGUGCUGCACUGUGUCCACGCCUUCAUGGCCUCCAAAGUGGCCUCCCUGGACCCCGCGUUCCCGGAUGGCCAAGGCCUCAUCAGAAGACACCCGCACAGCAGCAAGGGCAGCUUCCGCUGAGUGCUGAGAUGAAACUAUUUUCUUAGGACACGAACCUUUCCUGCACAGCACUGCACCUUUGUGUGAUUUUGUAUG